UCAGCUAACUUUCUGACUCUUGAUUUCAGCUCAAAUCAUGAUAUGAUAUCAUGAGAUAUCAUAUGGGUCAUGAGAUUGGGCCCCACAUUGAGCUCCAUGCUAAGCGUGGAGCCUGAUUAAGAUUCUCUCUCCUUCUCUCUCUGUCCGUCCCCAUUUGUGUGUAUCUGCUCUCUUUCUUUCUCUCUAAAAAAAUUAAUUAAAAAUAAAACUUAUUAAUUAAAAGAAAAAGAUAGUGAUAGUUACAGUUUCCUUCUGCCUUGUAUCGGUUGGUUUCUAGUUGACCAGUUUUCUUCCUACCUAGUUCCUAAAGCGAUUCAGUGGCCACUUACAGAUAUACGAACAACAUGGCCAAGAAAACUGGUUAAAAAUAAGAAAAAAUAAAAUAAAAAAUAGCCAAGAGUGGUACAUGUCAUGAAGAUGUGGCUUGCAAGAGGUGGGCAAGCUACACCGUGAAUCACUCUGGGCUUUGCAGCAGCCACUUACAGCAUUUCACUUGUUCUGCCAAAGCCUCUUGAUUUCUGAUGCUAAAAACAAAAAGACAAUCCUUCCAGGGUCCUCAUAAAGAAGCCACUGAAUUCUAAUGGCUGCAUCCUCACAAUGCCUGUGGUAUGGGUGAGGGUCUGGGGCCUAGAGCAACGUCCACAGAGCAAAGAGAGGGAAUUAGUUGGUUCGGGGAAGGUAGCAUGCUGCUUGGAAGAUUUGAGAAUGUCAGGGAGAGUGAAUGAGUAGGAGAUCAAAGAUUGCAGGGGCGGCCCGGGUGGCUCAGCGGUUUAGCACCACCUUCAGCCCAGGGCCUGAUCCUGGAGUCCCGGGAUCAAGUCCCACAUCAGGCUCCAUGCAUGGAGCCUGCUUCUCCCUCUGCCUGUAUCUCUGCCUCUCUCUCUCUCUCUCUCUCUCUCUCUCUCUCAUGAAUAAAUAAAUAAAAUUAAAAAAAAAAGAUUGCAGGCAGACUCUGAGUACUGUGUUUUGGAGCAGAGCUUUUGAUAAGUAUCGAGCAGAAGUGAGUGUUCUCCCUGACAAGUGUCUGUUGUAUGCACCUCUUCUGUCUGUCACUCAGCAGCCACACUGGGAAUGGGGCAGAGGAGCCCUCCAUUAUAAUGGAAGUAGAAGUAAUAGCAGUCAUAGUAUUUUUGGACAUCAUGCCAGUCAUAAAAACUCUGUAGACACUUCUGUUAUCCCCUUGUACAGGUGAGCAAACUGAGGUCAGAGCUUGAAUAACUUGCCUGCGAUCGCAUGGUUGUGGUGCCUCCCGGAGUGACAGAGUCCUCUUUCCAAGUGACAUCUCAAAAUGUUGGACAAGUUACUGUUUAUCUGCACGGAAAUCAUUCCAACCAGACCAGCCCAAGGAUCCGCUUCUUGGUCAUCCACAGCCAUGUCAUUAGCAUCAUAAACCAGGUGAUCGGCUGGAUUUACUUUGUGUCCUGGUCCAUCUCCUUCUACCCGCAGGUGAUCACCAAUUGGAGGCGGAAAAGUGUCGUUGGUCUAAGCUUUGAUUUCGUGGCCCUAAACCUGACAGGCUUCGUGGCCUAUAGCGUGUUCAACAUUGGUCUCCUCUGGGUACCCUCCAUCAAGGAGCAGUUUUUCCUCAAAUACCCCAAUGGAGUGAACCCCGUGGACAGUAAUGACGUCUUCUUCAGCCUGCACGCCGUUGCUCUCACCCUGGUUGUCAUGGUGCAGUGCUUCCUGUAUGAGCGGGGCACCCAGCACGUGUCCUGGCCUGCCAUCAGCUUUCUGGUGCUCUCGUGGGUCUUCGUGCUUGUCACCAUGAUUUUGGCUGCAGUCAGGGUGAUCACAUGGCUACAGUUUCUCUUCUGCUUCUCCUACAUCAAGCUUGCAGUGACGCUGAUCAAGUAUUUUCCACAGGCCUACAUGAACUUUUACUACAAAAGCACCGAGGGCUGGAGCAUUGGUAAUGUGCUUCUGGACUUCACUGGGGGCAGCUUCAGCCUCCUCCAGAUGUUCCUCCAGUCCUAUAAUAAUGACCAGUGGACACUGAUCUUUGGAGACCCAACCAAGUUCGGACUCGGCAUCUUCUCCAUCUUCUUCGAUAUUGUCUUCUUCAUUCAGCACUUCUGCUUAUACAGAAAGAAACCAGGGUACGACCAACUGAACUAGUACCCAGGGACCCAGCAUAAAUGGUCCUGGGCCCUGUGCAUGCCAGGAAGGCCAGGGCAGAGGCUGGAGUGCAGGGCUGGCUCAGUGUGCUGCCAGUGUUGAAGCACUGUCUUCCUCGGGGCCAAACGCCUUACACACAAACCAGCCUGCCUUCAGCCAGGACUCUCCCAGACCAGGCUGGGCAGGAGCCUCCCUCUGAGACAGAUACCAGACUCUGAGAUGGAAAACCACACCACGGACGGCCCCUCCCAGGCCUUGCCAGUCGGGCAUCUGGCCCUCCUGCAUCUUGAUGCCACCGUCUUUAUUUUCUUUAAGGCUUCAGGCAGCACAAACGGGUUCUGACAGCCAUCCCAGGGAGGAUUGGGUGCUGAGUUUGGAGCCGAAGGCCUUGACCUAAGCAGCCAUUGUUUCUGGGAGCAGCUUGAAGGACUGACCCCGCAGGUGUGAGCCAAAGGCAUUUCGCUGCCACUGCUAUUCCCAGAGACCCAAGCAGCCAGGUGGUGUGGCCAGUGGACUCAGAGGUGUUGGUGCUAGAAAGGACAGGAUUUGGGGGUUAGGCCCUUCCCCGAAGGCCACGUUGAACACUCACCUUCCUGAUGCUGUUUCUACGUAAUUCAACUCCCCCAACUGUAAUCACAGGUGGCCCAGGCUAAGGUCUGGUAAAGAAACUGGAUUUCUAAGCCUUGAGGUGACCAACAGAUUGGUUCUGAGCUAGGCUUGUGCCCAACCCCUCUGGAUCCUUAUCACACUAACCCCUUUUGGGUUUUUUGGAGGGAUGUUCUGGAAGUGGGUGGCUUAGUGUCUCCACCUUCUGCCUACCUCUACUUUCCCAGUCAGGGACCCUAUUUAAUCCCCUUUGCUCCUUAUCUUGUGCUGGUGUAUAGGGUGUGUGGAUGCGCACGUGCACACGUGCACACGUGCACACACACACACACACACCAGUCUGCCUUAGAAGCCAGGAAGACCUGACAAAUGGUGAGAGAAGCUCCCCUGUAGGGGAGGAGGGCUGGCCCCCUUCCUUCACUUACCCCAGACCCUACCUGAGAGCAACUUUUUGGCUGUUCAGGAGUCUCUCAUAAGGACUUGAGACCACUCACACAAUCCUCAUGGGCCCUACCCUUAUUCCAAACCUUCUUCCCUUCUAUCCCAGGCUGUCCUUCCUGUGGCAGGAGGGGAGGGUGCCAGGAUGUGCCUUGUCAGUUCACAUUCAGACCUUUUACUACAAGAUUAAUGUGAGGUGCCUAUAUCCUUAAUUAAAAUCGGAUUUGUUUCCUUUCUGCA